UUAAAAAUGUCGCUGUUACGCAUCAGGAAACCCAAAACCCGCAAGGGAAAGAAAAUAUUAAUGGCCCGGGAGCCGCAAUUGAUUGAGUCGGCCCGCACAAUGCUCUUUGUGGAUGGACGAAAAUGCGGUGGCAAUGUAAAGCAAUGCAUGAAGGAUCUAAAUCAAUUGAAGAAGCCACUGGUGAAGGUCCUAAACCGCAAGAACGACAUAACGCCCUUCGAUGAUCCUUCCUCCUUAGAGUUCUUAACCAUGAAAAACGAUGCGGCACUGUUCGUGUUUGGUUCCACGUCCAAGAAGCGUCCCGACAACAUUGUUCUGGGGCGACUCUUUGAGAACGAAGUCCUGGACAUGUUCGAGUUGGGCAUCAAGCGGUAUCAGGCCAUUUCCGAAUUCAAAAACGAGAAGAUCGGCGCCUGUGUGAAGCCCUGCCUGGUCUUUAAUGGACCCCAAUGGGCACAAACUGAGGAAUUGAGGCGUCUACGCAAUUUGUUCAUCGACACGUUCCAGCGUGAGAAGGUGGAGUCCAUACGCCUGCAGGGCGUGGAGCAUGUGAUGAGCUUCACGGUGACCGAUGACAUGAACAUCUUGCUGCGCUCCUACAAGAUCCUGCUGAAAAAGUCGGGCCAGAAGACGCCACGCAUCGAGCUGGAGGAGAUUGGACCCUCGGCCGACUUUGCCAUACGCCGCACAAAGAUUGCCUCCGAGGAUCUGUACAAGCAGGCCCGCAAGCAGCCCAAGCAGCUGAAGGAGGGCAAGAAGAAGAACAUCAGCAGGGACGCCUUGGGCAACAAGAAGGGACGCGUGCAUAUGGGCAAGCAGCUGACGGGCUCCAUUCAGACGCGCCGCGUCAAGGCCCUGCGGAAGACGCCCGAGGAGAAGAAGGAGAAUCGCCAGAAGAAGAAGGUGGCCCUGAAGGCUGCCGCCGCCGAUGCUUUGGCGGCAUCCCAAUGAGCAACGAACGUAAGCCGCCCCCUGUCUAUCUUCUAGUUAGCUUUAGUUGUAAUAAAUUGGUCCAGAUUAAAGUAGCGUUAAAACUACUCCGAGUAUUGGAAACU